CGUAAAAGCGCCAAUAAAGUCAGUUAACUACAGCGCGCGCGCCUCCCCGCGUGGACCAAUCAGCGCCGCCCUGACUCCGGCAGCUCCUUUAUAAAGCCGCGGUUCCGCUCGUUCUUUCUUCAUCUAUGAACACCGAUGAGACACAAUGGCCAGAACCAAGCAGACCGCCCGUAAGUCCACCGGAGCAAAAACUCCCAGGAAGCAUCUGGCGGCCAGAGCUGCCCGUAAGAGCGUCCCGGUGAGCGCCCCGGUGACCGGCGGCGUGAAGAAGCCCCACCGUUACAGGCCCGGUACCGUGGCUCUGAGGGAGAUCCGCCGCUACCAGAAGUCCACCGAGCUGCUGAUCCGCAAGCUGCCCUUCCAGCGCCUGGUGAGGGAGAUCGCUCAGGACUUCAAGACCGACCUGCGCUUCCAGAGCUCCGCCGUCAUGGCGCUGCAGGAGUCCAGCGAGGCUUACCUGGUCGGCCUGUUCGAGGACACCAACCUGUGCGCCAUCCACGCCAAGAGGGUCACCAUCAUGCCCAAAGACAUCCAGCUGGCCCGCCGUAUCCGCGGAGAGAGGGCUUAGACUGACCUGAGACCAGCCGAGAGGCACCAUUCAGAAUGCAAGCACAUCAGAAGUGGGAUGUUGUGUAUAUAUUAUUUACAUAUUUGUUUGACCAAGUAUACGUUAUUUUCCUAUGCAAGUUAAGCCUUUUGGUUUAUAUUAAAUGUCCCUAAAUAUGUUUGUAAUGUAUUUACCAGUCAUGUACUGGUAAUAAACAAAAUGUAUUCUACAAGAUGGCACCUCCAGACACCUGAAGUGUGUGGAUGACACCACCCUCAUUGGUCUCAUCCCUCAUGGGGAUGAGUCCAAUGAGGGUGGGAGACCAUCUGGUGACUUGGUCUGAACAACUUGGAGCUCAACACUCUGAAAACAGUGGAGAUGGUUGUGGACUUCAGGAAGAACGGAAGUCCAUCACCGAGUCCAUCCUCUGCUCCUCCAUCACCGAGUCCAUCCUCUGCUCCU